UGACUCUGAGCAACCCUGUGGAGAAAGUGGCCUAUCUUGUGAUAUUCCAUAUUCUCUUUGUGCUCUUUGUGUGGACGUACUGGAAGUCUAUUUUUACUCUCCCGGUGCAGCCAGGCAAAAAGUACCAUAUGUCCUACGCUGACCAAGAACGCUACGAGAAUGAAGAAAGGCCAGAGGUGCAGAGGCAAAUCCUUGCAGAAAUUGCAAGGAAGUUGCCGGUGUACACCAGAACGGGGAGCGGAGGGAUUCGGUUCUGUGACAGAUGCCAGCUGAUAAAACCAGAUCGUUGUCACCAUUGUUCCGUCUGUGCUAUAUGCGUGCUAAAAAUGGAUCAUCACUGCCCGUGGGUGAAUAACUGCAUUGGAUUUUCUAACUACAAAUUCUUUCUACUCUUCUUAGCCUAUUCUUUGUUGUAUUGCUUGUAUAUUGCUGCAACAGUCUUCAAGUAUUUCAUUAAGUAUUGGACA